AUGACUUCCGCGUUUUCAAUCGACCAGGUUGUUAAAGCUUUUGGGAUCCUCCAUGGAAAUGGGACUCCCGAAGAAAGAAGAGCAGCUGAUUUGGGAUUGAGACGGUGGCAGCAGGCUUUUGACGCUUGGUCGAUUUCUGAUCAACUUCUAUCGAUGCCAUGCUGUCCUUAUGAAUUGCUGAAAUCGCCCAAUCCAGCCACAGAUGAUUCUGUAUCUGACUGUCUCACCACAGCACUUCAUGUGGCCGCGCGAUCUCCUGUUUACCAUCGUGGUCUUUUGCAACGAAUGCUUCAUGAAAUAUCUGCAACAGAUGGAGUCAUUCGAACAGCUCUCAGCCAUGCCUUCCAAAACGAUGAUGCUGAAGCUGUUCUGAGACUCGCCCGCAUUUAUCGAUUCGCAGGGAUUGGAAAUGCUGAUCAUAUCGCUCGAUCUCUCCAUAAGGAUCCUUUGUGUAAAGAACUACUUCCGAUUAUGAUUCGAUUAACUUCUGUCUCUUAUGACGUCAAUGAUGAGGCCCGUGGAUUGAAUGGCAUCACAACACAGAUGUUUGAUUUCUGGGAAUCAUUAGCAGUUGCAGUCACUCGAACGCGGAAGAGAAUGGCAGAUGGAGGAGUAUGGAAAGCGUCUGCAGUUCCUCUGACAGAAGGAUUAUCAGACGCUCAGGAAGCCGGACAAUUAAUCGAACAGCAAGCUAUUUUGUUUAAUUUAGUAAUUCGUACUUUGUUAUCGCAAUGUUUGGUACCCGAAGGAUUAUUCCAAGCUCCACUGGACGUGGACCAUGAUUUCCUUCAGUUCCGAUUCGAUGCAUGUUCGUGUAUCACUCGUGUUUCAACCGUUGUCUCUUUCAAAUCUGUUCUCCAAACGGUGAUUGAACUUUUGGUCGAUUCAACUCAAUCGAACGAUCGACGGAUACAAGAGGGUUAUUUAACAGCAGUAACACGCUUAAUAAAAAAUACGAAUUCUGAUGAUGAUGAUGUUUCAUCUGAAGUCGACUCACCAGUAGAUUAUGACUCAUUGACAGUCGCCCCAUUGUUCAAUUUGGUAUCCCUUUUCUCGGGAAUGUUGCUCACGCCCGACGCACCAACAAGUCUCCCUGAUUGUCUCACAAGAACAGCUGUGGCUGAACUCAUUGGUCGAGCAGCUGGAAAGUUACCUCUAAGGCGCAGGGCUGAGCUUGUCCCCAAAUUAUUGGAAUGUUUGGGACAUCAAGUCUUUCAGAAAGAUCUUGUAGGAUCCUCUCCGGAGCCUCAACUGGAUGAAGAGAUCAGGGAAAGUGGCGUCCAAUCGGAUCCUCCAUUAUUGUCUGCACGACGGUAUUUAUCGAGCCGUUCAGCCGAAGCAUUCAGAGCGUUGUGUGUCCAUGGUCAAGAUUUACCUAUCGUUCAAGAAUUAAUACCAAGUUUAGUGGCUGCUCUUUAUCGCUUUGAUGGAAUUACUGGCGAUUCCUACUAUUCAAUACUAGAAGGUGUUGCAGUGUUGAUUGGAUCUAUUCAGGAUGAUGCCAAAUUUCUCAAGGCUUCAGAGGAACUCUUCAAUCCCGUCGUCACCGCUCUGAUUUCACCGAAUCUCGACAAAACAGCAAUUGUCGCUCAAGCAGAUCGCCUUGCACUGAUUCUCAGAUCAAUCAGUCCCACCGAGCAACAAGUCGCUGUUAGAAGAGAAGCAUUGGGAAUAUUCGUAACAACAAAAUUGUGGCCACUUCUUGAACAUCUCAUCAAAGCGAACGGAAAUCAAUCGACAAUUGUUGAGAAAUGUUGCCGCGUUCUCAAACAUGGUCUACGUUGUGUCGGUCAUGCGGCAUUCCGUCCGAUAAUUCCAUCGUUUGUGAAUCUCAUUGUCGAAAAUUCAAGAGCGACAUAUUUGUAUGUCGCUGAAUGGUUGAUUCUUCCGUAUAGUGAAGAUCAAGAAAUUGCACAAACCUUAAAAUGUUUGUUUAAUGAGCUUUGCGCUUCAGCACUAAAUCAAAUUGACCAAUUGCUUGCGGCGAAUAAAGAGGAGUAUUUUCUGGUCGAAGAUUUCUACGGAAUGUUUUGCCGGUAUUUGCGGUUUUGUCCAACAAUUCCUGGAACAUCUCCAGCGCUUGACAAAGCAAUUGAAACAGGCUAUUCUUGUUUGCGGCGUUGUGGGCGAAGUGCAACCACCAUGCAUCUUCACCGAAUGGUCUCUGAGUUAUUCGGGCUGUUGGAGUCAGUUCCCUCAGCGGCAAUUGUCACUGCAAUCGGACAAGCUCUAACAGAAAUACGGACAGCAGCGAAAGCAGAGUCCGAUGCCGCAAUAAGAAAUGGACUUCUCCGCCUACCAGCUGCAGUUCUUGCAACAGACAAUUACAAGGAAACAAUUGUUCAGUCGAUACUGAAUGAUCGCGAUCUGGAGCCGAUUAUCGAUGAACUUUAUUUGAGGUGUCGACAAGUUAAUCUACGUCUUAAAGAAGCCGAAUUAACUACCGGUUAA